GAGAGGAAAAGCCAUUAUUUUUUCCUGAAAAGAAAGGAGGUGGGAAAUAAAAAAGCUACUAUACAGCUAGACGUACAUAUUUUAAAGAGAAGGAUGCUUUGGAAGACUUUGCUGCUGCUGCUGUUCUAUUACAGUGCUCAUGCCACUGUGACCCACAGAUGGAGCAGAGCUAUGCUUUUCCCAGCUGCUCAGCGAUUCAAGAGGUCCUCAGCUGCCUUCCUUAACCCAGUGCUACAAAACUCGCUGGAAGAUGUGGUCCUGCUUUACGAGUUUCUUUUAGCUGAGCUUGACAUUGACAAAAGUCUUAAGAUUUCCAUCAAAGACGAGGAACUCGCUUCACUGAGGAAGGCUGCUGAGUUUGACACCAUCUGCAACGAGAUUAUCCCCAAGAGCAUCACCGAGAUCCGCAGGCUGAGUAGUGUGCUGUCUUCCUACCCAAGGGUCCUCAAGAAAGAAGACUUUGAAAGGACAGUGCUGACCAUGGUCUACACAGCCUAUAGAGCUGCUCAGUCCCAGGGACACCAGAGAGACGCUUGGGCUGAAUCCUUUGUCAGUCUUUACAAAGCCCUGAAGCAUGACUUGAUGUUCCCAUACAACAAACAGCCAUCAUAGCUGGAAACUAGAUGCAAUGGCAACUCAGAUGCCUCUUCUUGUUGGUCAUGGACACAUGUAGCACGUCCACCACUU